AUGUCAAGAACAGAAAAAGAAUUAGAUUUGCCUCAAAAAUAUUCGUCACUUCAAGAACUUUAUGAGAAGGUCUUAAAAGAGAAGGAAGAAGCCUUAGAGGAAACUGAACGUGCGACAAUCUCAUUUGCUCGUCACUUUGAUAGCGAGGUUUCAUCUUUGACUGGCCAGAUUCUCUCCCUCACUAAAGAACGAGACAAAGCUCAGAUCGAAGCGGAGGACCUGGGAAUCAAACUAGCCAACACAAAAUACGAACUCAAUCGUCUCCAACGGGAGCAUAUUAAACUUCAGUUGGAGCAAGAGAAAUAUCUGGAUAAAAUAGAAAGUUUUAACGAAAGGUUGAAAAACGAAGAAAAAAUUGAUUUGAGUAAAAGAGGGAAGGGAACAACGCCUGAAGAAGAAAAUAUGGAUAAACAAAAGAAGGACGAAAACUUGAACAGCGAAGGACAACUUAAUCAUGUUCCAAGACCACCUGUCACAAUCAAGAAAUCAAAGGUCGACGAAGACUACACGAUUCAUGAGGAACUUGGAAGGGGGAAAUUUGGAGUUGUCAAACGUGUGGUGAAACAGGCUACCCAGCAAGAGUUUGCUGCAAAAUGGGUGAAAGUUACGAGCCAAACAAAGGAGGAUGUCUUGAAAGAAAUCGAGAUCAUGGGAAAAUUGAAUCACAAACGUCUUGUUGCCCUCUACGAUGUUUACGAUGUUUCGCGGAACUUUGUUCUCAUUAUGGAGUACAUAACUGGCGGAGAAUUAUUUGAAAGAAUAGCCAACGAAGAGUCGGUAACGGAAAAGGAAUGUACUUACUACAUGAGACAGUUGCUGGAGGGUUUACAAUACAUGCACAAAAUGAGCAUUGUUCAUCUUGAUUUGAAGCCCGAGAAUAUCGUAUGUCUGAGCAAAGAUACCUGGGAUAUAAAGUUGAUUGACUUUGGACUGGCUAAAGAAUUAAAACCAGGGAAAACUAUCAAAACAAUGCAAGGAACACCAGAGUUCGUAGCUCCAGAGGUUAUCAAUUUUGAACCAGUUUGUUUAGCAAGUGAUAUGUGGAGCGUUGGUGUAAUUGCCUAUAUUCUUAUAAGUGGUUUGUCUCCAUUCCUGGGUGAUGACGAUAAUGAAACACUAUCUUACGUCACCGCGGCUGAAUACGACUUUGAAGACGAGGCGUUUAAUGAAAUAAGCUCUGAAGCAAAAGAUUUUAUCGAGAAGUUGCUUCAGAAACCCCCAAGCAAGCGAAAAACAGCGGAUGAGUGCUUGAAACAUGAGUGGAUCAAGAAAAACCGAGGAAGUAACAAAAUUAAAACAGACAACCUUAAAAAGUUUCUCGCGAAAAGAAGAUGGCAGAAAUCGGUGAACGCAGUGAGAGCAGUCAGACGAUUAUCUUCCAUGAGUUCAUUGUUUACUGCCGGAGCAAAAGCUAAAAGUCAAUCGGUUGUAAAGCUGGACGAUCCUCAAGCAGUAAAACAGACCCCGUUGGCCAAGACGAAACGAGAUUUUAGUAAAUCAAUGCCAUCCGUAUUCGCAGCAGAAGGAGGUGGUUUGAACAAACGCGCAAUGAAAAUCCUGGACAGCGACACCGAAGUAUCACAGAGCGAAUCAGGCUCAACGGAAACGAUAAACACAGCUGACGUUGAUGACAAGGAUGUGCUGGAAGGAUUAUUCAAGGAAAACAAAGAUAUCUUGGACUUCUUGAGCUCAGGUUUGGCAAACAACGAACAGAGUAAAAAUCUAACAAAACUGAGGGGAAUUUCUGAAGAGAAAGAUGGAAACGAUGAUUUGACAGCCAAGCCGGACUUCGUAAAUGCAUUGCCAGCCACGUACACCGUACCGAAGGGAACACCGAUACUAAUGACGUGUACGGUACGAGGAUCCCCGGAUCCGACAGUCACGUGGUUUAGGCGGGAGAAAGCUCUCACUAACGAGGACACUGACGUCACGAUAGAAAGAGACGGAGAUGAGUGCAGCCUUGCAAUUACACAAUGUGAACCUCAAGAUGAGGGCAGUUAUUCCUGUGUGAUCAAAAAUCAGAUUGGUCAGGCGACUUGCAAAACAAAUCUUGAUGUACAAGUUUCACCCGAUUUUGUUCGAGAGAUGCGUGAUGUAUCGACGGAGGAACGAAAACGGGUCCAGUUUGAUGUACAGAUCAGUGGAAAACCGUUACCCACAGUUGAAUGGUAUCAUGGUGAUACCUUACUCCAGGAAGACAGAUUGGUGAAGACACGCAAGAGUACCACAGACAAUAAUACAUUCUCCUUAGUGAUAAGGUCUGUGACGGCUGACAGGCGAGGAGUUUAUAAAUGUGUGCUUACAAAUCCUUUGGACAGUGUAUCAUGCUCUGCGCGUUUGCGUAUUGAAGGUUUUGAAGAGGAGGAAGAAGAUGAAGAGAAUGAAGAGGAAGAAGAGGAAGAAGAGGAAAAAGAAGUGGAAGUUUUGGAAGAAGCGCCUGCAGAUGAAAACAAAGACGAGGUUGAUAUCUAUGAUGAUCAUCCUCGAGUAUCGUUGAGACAGGACGAUAUCAACAAGUACUACGAUAUCAGAGAUGAAAUAGGAAAAGGUCGUUUUGGAAUCAUCUACUACGCAAUCCACAAAACUACAGGGCGUGAUUAUGCCGUGAAGUACAUUAAAGUAAGGAAAAGUCAACGAGAUCAGUUUCAACAUGAAAUUGACAUUAUGAAUCACCUUCGACAUCGAAGAUACAUUCGUCUUUACGAAGCCUUUGAAGAAUCAAGAAAACUCAUUCUUGUUCUUGAACUGAUGCGUGGAGGAGAGCUUUUAGAAAGAUUAUCGGAGAAAGAUUAUCUGACAGAACAUGAGAUUAUCAGAUACGUCAAACAGAUUUUGGAAGGAGUGAAGGACAUGCAUGAAAAAGAUGUCCUUCAUCUUGAUCUUAAGCCACAAAACAUCAUGUUUACCACCGAGGAUAGCAAUAAUUUGAAGCUUAUUGACUUUGGUUUGGCAAGAAAGCUGAACGCCGAGAAAGAUCUGAAGAUAUUGUUUGGAACUCCGGAGUUUGUAGCACCUGAAGUGGUUAAUUACGAAACUAUUACGGCUGCAACAGAUAUGUGGAGUGUUGGAGUUAUUACUUAUAUACUUCUUACUGGUGUGUCGCCAUUUUGGAAUCAUGAUCCUGAUGUAACCCUCAGCAACGUUACUCGAGCGAUUUGGAAAAUUCCUGAAGAGUUUUUCGAAGGUGUUAGUGAAGAUGCAAAGGACUUUCUUACGAAAUUGUUGGUAAAAGAACCCAGCAAACGAAUGAAAGUUGAUGAAGCAUUUCAACAUUCUUGGGUUAAAGCGGCCAAGCAAGAAAAUACUCAUUUGAAUCACAUUUCCACGGAAAGAUUGAAAAAAUAUUAUGCCCAUCAGAAGAAUAUUUAA